AUGCGCAAGCGCACUCCCCUCAGGAUUCCCGGACGCUCAGCUACCAUCGCUGAGCGGUCAACAAGCGCGGGCCUGGCGGAGCGGGGCGGCGCGCGGAAGCCGCGAGGCGACCGGGAGCGGCUGGGCCCCCGGCGGCGCGGUCCUCGGUCUGGCCGGGAGUCGCGCCAGUCGGAACACCCAGCCGAGCGCCGCCCGCCUCCCUCUCAGCGUUCCUCCUUGCGGAGUACAACCAGCGGAAAUGAGCGAUCCACCAGAGGCUCCGCCACCGGCACCGGUAGGCCGCGGGUGAAGAAGAAAGGCCAUCCUCGCUCGGCCCGGAGCGAGAAGGUGACCCGGCGCAAGGAGACGACCCAGGCCCACGAGGCGCCCGGGAGCAGGCACUCAUCCCGGGGCAAGCAGGCAACCCGGAGCAAGGACAAGGAGGUGACCACGUCGGAGGAGGUGGCCGGGACUGAGGAAGUCGCAGCAAUCGAGGAGGUGUCCAAGGCCGAGGAGGUGGCCCGGGUCGAGGAGGUGACCCGUACCAGAGAAGUGGUCCGGACCAGAGAGGUACCCCGGCCCCGAGAGGUGCCCCGGCCCCGAGAGGUGCCCCGGCUCCGAGAGGUGCCCCGGCCCCGAGCGGUGAUCUAUACGGCGGAAGUGAUCCAGACAGCGGAUGUGCCCCAGACCGCGGAGCUGACCCAGGCACCGGAGGUGACCCAUGCCACGGUGGUGAUCCAGCCCGAGGAGUUUACCCAGCCCUGCGAGUUGACCACCGCCAAGUUGACCCGGAGCGAGUACAUGAUCCCAAUCGAGGUGGCGACCCCGAUCGAGGAUAUGGCGGCAGCCGGGCUCAACGUGACCGUCAGCCACAGCAAUGAGAGGCACGAUCUUUAUGUUAUCCCGCAGAUGGGCAGCAGUGAACCAGUUGUCCAAGACCUGGCCCAAGUUGUUGAAGAGGCCACAGGGGUUCCACAGCCUUUUCAGAAGCUUAUAUUUAAGGGAAAAUCUUUGAAGGAAAUGGAGGCACCUUUGUCAGCACUUGGAAUACAAAAUGGUUGCCGGGUUAUGUUAAUUGGGGAAAAGAACAAUUCAGAAGAACAGGCUGAACUAAAGAAGUUGAGACAUUUGGAGAAGUCUGUGGAAAAGAUAGCUGACCACCUGGAAGAGUUGAAUAAAGAAUUUACUGGAAUCCAGCAGGGUUUUCUGGCUAAGGAUUUACAAGCUGAAGCUCUCUGUAAACUUGAUAGGAGAGUAAAGGGCACAAUUGAGCAGUUUAUGAGGAUCUUAGAGGAGAUUGACACAAUGAUCCUACCAGAAAAUUUUAAAGACAGUAGGUUAAGAAGGAAAGGCUUGGUGAAGAAGGUUCAGGCAUUCCUAGCUGAGUGUGACACGGUGGAGCAGAACAUCUGCCAGGAGACCGAGCGGUUACUAUCUACAAACUUGGCCCUUGCUGAGUGAGGAACAGUGGAGAAAGGCUGUACUGUUCUGAAUUGCAGCACCACUGCUCUGGAACAGAAAUUGCCUAUUUUCUCCAGGGCUACCAGAGUCAACUAGUCAAUUGCCAAUUUUCCUACUCCUACACGGGUUCUCAAUGAAAAAGUACUGUCUUUGCAAUCUAAAGUAGAGUUGCUUAUCUGUUUUCUCAUUCUGUAUUUGGGUGGCUGUACAAUCCAAUAGCUGCCUUUUCUAGAGUGGCCCUUCCUGCCCAAGUUUUUUCAGCUUUCUUGAGAGUCAGGUGCUUUGUGUGAGCUAAUGAGAGGUUUUAGGGUUUUUUUUUUAUUUUUGGUGCCA